AUGCAAUUCUCGAAAGCAAUGAAAUCCUCGACCCAAUCUCUCCCAAGUCCAGAUGGGAGAUAUGUUGCCACAGUUUUCGGGCCUGUUGUCAACGUUCGAGCGGUAUCUAGACUCGAAGUGAUUAACGUCGUCAAGCUUGGUCAGGACUUUGCAGGUCCCGUUCUGAGCUUCCAAUGGUCGCCCUCCUCACGGCUGCUGCUCAUUGCCGAUGCUGAAAGAAUUCGCGUCGCGUCGGCCUUGGAUGACAGCUUUAGUGCCAUCGUUCGGAACCAUAUUGCCGCCGGCACGAAGCCAGCAUACGUUGGCUUCGGCGCCUCCGACGCCGAGAUUUGUGUCAUCUCCUCAUUCGGCCUCAAGUUUACCGUGAUCGACCUGGCAUCGUCGAAAGCGACCGAGAUUGGCAGCCCCAAGGUGUUCUCCUCCUCUUCCGCGUCGAGGUGCUUCUCCUUCCGGCCCGAGACACGUCACCUUGCCCUGCUCACUAGGACUUCGGGUAAAGACAUGGUGAGCAUACACGGCUACCCGUUAAGAGAGCUGCAGAGAUCCUGGGCACCCAAUACAAUUGAUGCCCAGGCGCUGGCCUGGAGCCCCGACGGAAGAUGGCUGGUGGUUUGGGACUCACCCGCCCAUGGCCACAAAAUCCUCUUCUACACUUCCGAUGGGCAUGCCUUCAAGACGUGGUCAGGGCCUGCCGAUCCAUACCCCGAGGACAGAGACUAUAUUCUUGGCGGGGGCAUCAAGUCGGUCGAGUUUUCUGUGGACGCCCAACAUCUUGCCAUUGGUGAUUUCAGCAGAUCAGUCAGCCUGCUCGGCAUGUCGUCAGUCACAGAGACGAUCCGGCUCCGGCACCCGAAGACUGUUGUUCCUAAAGAGACCCUGCAGGUCUGGCAAGAGCAGAUUACCGUGUCGCAUGCGGGACCCAUCAUCCAUACCUUUCUGCGUACUACACAGGCCAUCUCCCCGGCGCCUGCUCUGCGCGACAUUUCAGAGCCAGUAUCUGGGUGCGCGUCGAUUUCUUUUGAUCCCUCGUCAGUCCUCUUCGCCACCCGCCAGGACGAUUCGCCCGGUACCGUCUGGAUCUGGGAUGUGCAGGCUGCAGAGCUCCGUGCGGUGCUCCUCUUCCACGGAAACGUCGCCACCCUUUCAUGGCAUCCACGCAUUCCGGAAACCCUGCUUGUCAGAUGCGAAGGUGACGAGUACAAUGGCUUGAUCUUUGUCUGGGAUCCCCUCUCGGAAGGACCCCGUUCGGUCGACUUUGCGCCGCACUUGCCUGGCGCAAAGGCUGUCGGCCGGGUCCGUACCUUGUGGCUUGGGUCUGACAUCUCAAGCCAUCCGUCUGUUUUCUUCUCGGACGCUCAGAACUACGUGCUCGCAUGUCUUGGCGCCGCGGACCAGGGCGUGACUCCGUGGGGUGAAGCUGAGUCUGCUGAACCGAGCCUGUCGGGAGAGCUGCACGAGCGACGUGAAGAAUCACCUCUUCAUCUGGUUCCGGCAUUCGGGAUGAGAUCCGGAGUACCAGAAUCAGAAGACGUCGAUGGCUGCAGCGAGCUGGAGGACACUUUCGUGCACAAGCGUUGA